AUGUGGCUGAUCAACACCAAAACCUUAGAGCUCGAAUUUGUUGCGAGCCCUAAGGAGCGCUCUUAUGCCGUCUUAUCGCAUACGUGGGAGGAUGAAGAAGUGUCCUUCCAACAAUUUUCAAAUGUCACGAAACGCGCGUCGGCUGAACAGCUGCGCGGAUUUGCCAAGAUUGCGAAGACGUGUCAAUUGGCCAAAGACGAACACAUGCUGGAAUAUGCCUGGGUAGACACUUGCUGCAUUGAUAAGACAAGCAGCGCCGAGCUAUCCGAGGCCAUCAACUGCAUGUUCAGAUGGUAUCAAGAGGCAGCUGUAUGUUUCGUCUGGCUUUCUGAUAUGAUCCUCGAACCGGCCGAUCUAUGGGAUACUCCGCUUGGUCCAUAUAAGAGAAUCACUCCGGAUGUGUUAAGAAGAUGUAAGUGGACUACGAGAGGCUGGACGCUUCAAGAGCUGCUAGCCCCGAGCUUCGUCAAAUUUUACGACAGAAAUUGGGAUUUUGUCGGCACCAAGGACUCAUGGCUAUUAGACCCCAUAUCAGAAGUCACCGGAAUCGAGCCUGAAUUCUUGACCCAUAACUACUUAAUCUGGUCUGCCCCGGUUGGCACUCGAAUGCGAUGGGCCGCCAAGAGAAAGACGACACGACCAGAGGAUAUAGCGUAUUGCCUCCUGGGUAUUUUCGAAAUCAACAUGCCCCUACUAUACGGCGAGGGGGAUAAGGCAUUUCUUCGACUUCAAGAAGAGAUCUGCAAGCAGACCCACGACUUAUCUCUAUUUGCAUGGACGGCUCGGCCAGGCUAUGCUUCUUCUUCUUUAUUUGAUUGGUAUCGCGGUAUCUUCGCCAUUCACCCAUGCGAAUUCUCAGGACUGUCGGGACUAAAGCGCGAGAGCGUUAGUCGUAUCUUUCGCGGCGAGGUCACCAUCACCAACAAAGGUCUCCGUCUCGAUGAUAUCCAGUUAUAUAGGGCACCUAAUGAUACAUUGAUAUUACCCCUCGGCUACAGUAGCCCGCACCCCGAUGAUAAAGGCGAAAAAUCAUCUUAUGGCAUAUAUAUCAGACUAACUCUUGAUGGAUACAUCCGCAAAAAUCCAGGCGUCCUCGCCAUACUAUCGGGCAACCGUACCACUGAUAUACCAGCACACCGCAUCUAUGUUAGGAAACAGUCAAUCAUACCAUGGGCUUACAACGAACUAAUACAAGAUAAAUAUAUCGGCGUGUUGCUCUUCCGAUUCGAGGGGCAGCUAGCUUCUAGAAUCGUCAAAGUAAUACCGCAAGAGUCGUUUGACUACAGUCUCAACGCAUUUCUAACUGGGGGUAAAAAGUUCUUCGGCUACCUACGGCUGAACGUGGGCGGUGUUGACGUUGUGGUCGUCUGUUGGCUAAGAAUGUAUCUUUCAAAGUACUCUACCACUAUGACACCUAAUGUCAGGUAUGGCUUUGCUAUCGAGGGCAAAGAUGGUUGGGACAGGUUAAAGACAAUGCGCCUCGAGACCGAAAUAACCAAUCACGCAGGCCAGGAUGGGACCGUUCCGUCUCUUUUGCCAAACGCCAAAUUAAGCCACUCCGAUGGUAGUAUUGUCACCUCACUCGGUUCAUCAAGCAUAAGUAUGGUCAUGCAUACUUUUACAAGAGGCCAAAACAGCCAUUUAAUGUUCACGUUUUCAAAGAAAAAGAAGAGGAGUCUUUUCCGUUGA